AUGCGUUUGAAAGUAGAAAAUAUAGUUGACAAUGUAGAUCUCGUGGCAUUAACCUGCGAUAUUCGGAGUGAGAUGAUGACCGUUACCACUUAUUCAGGGGUUACUGCUCAUUAUUUGCAAGAAGACAAACUAGUGUCACGUUGCAUAGCUACCGUUGCACUGGAUCAGCGUCAUACUGGUAAUUUUAUCGCUGAAAAAUUAAAAGAAAUUUGUGCAGGUAUAUACAUCAGUUUGGAUAAAAUAACUGCAGUAGUUACAGACAAGCGCUCGAACAUGAUAGCCGGCAUAGCAAAUUUUCUAGAAAAGAACAAACAUUUACCAUGCUUUGCUCAUACAAUUAAUCUAAUCGCUGAAUCUGCCAUGUCAGUCAAUGAUUUAGGAACAUUAGUAAGCACUGAGUCUCAACCUCUCAAACUGAUUUUAGACGUGAAGACUCGGUGGAAUUCCGUCUAUUAUAUGCUACAGAGAUACAUUGAAUUAGCACCAAUAGUUCAUCAAAUUUUGAUGUUAAAUACAAAAGCACCACCCACACCAUCGGCUGUAGAAAUGCAAAAUAUUAAAACAUUGAUUUGUAUUUUGAAACCGCUGGAGUAUGUAACCAAAGAGUUAUCAGGUGACAGUAUGUAA